AUGGGGCUGGUCAGGGAUGGGACUGGUCAGGGAUGGGACUGGUCAGGAGUGGGGCUGGUCAGGAAUGGGGCUGGUCAGGAAUGGGACUGGUCAGGAGUGGGGCUGGUCAGGAAUGGGACUGGUCAGGAAUGGGACUGGUCAGGAGUGGGGCUGGUCAGGAAUGGGACUGGAGCUAUUGCUGCCCUGCAGGACAGGGCUUGGGGCUGGGUUUCCCUCUCUGUGUCACAAACUCUGGGAUUUUUCAGCCAGCCCCAGGAUGUGCCUUUCACCAGCGAGCUGCAGCUGCUGCUGCUGGGGCUGGUCUGUGCCACAGAGCUCUGUGCUGAGCCAGCUGCUCUGCAGAAAGACAAUCCUAAGAGUGGGCAGAAAGUCCAAGAGACCAGCCCGUGGAAUUAUUUUGCCCUUUUCUCUCGGAUUGUUGGGGGAAACCAGGUGAAGCAAGGCUCACAUCCAUGGCAGGUGUCCCUGCAGAGAAGGCAAAAGCAUUUCUGUGGAGGCACCACCGUUUCUGCUCAGUGGGUGGUCACAGCAGCUCACUGCACCCAGGACAGGUAUGGAUGGGAUAUUUCAGGAGCAGGCUGCAGGUGCAGGAAAACAUGGAUUGGAAAUAACCUACUGCAACACUUGCAUGCCACUGCAGAAAAGCACGAUUUGGGGCUCAGGGAGAACAGUGAGCAGACACUGCCUGUCAAAUCUUCCAUCCAGCACCCCAAGUUUGACCCCAGGACUCCAAUGAACUAUGAUAUUGCCCUUCUGAAGCUGGAUGGCACCUUCAACUUCAGUGCAUCAGUUUUGCCAGCAUGUCUUCCUCAGCCAGGUGAAAAGUUUGAAGCAGGAUAUAUCUGCACUGCUUGUGGCUGGGGCUGUUUAAAUGAAAGUAAUUGAAUGGCUCCCUCAGCUCUUGUCAAUCUCCCAAUCCUAAACAGCACAGAGUGUUCAAGAGCACUGUCAGCUUUGAAGAAACCCACCCAAGGUGACACCAUCACGUGUGCUGGAUUUCCAGAUGGAGGAAGAGAUGCCUGCCGGGGAGAUUCCAGAGGUCCCCUGUUGUGUCGAGGCAAGCACGGGGCCUGGACCCUUGCUGGAGUCUUCUCCUGGGGGAUGGGAUGUGCCCAUGGCUGGAUGAGGAACAAGGAGAAGAGAGAUUCCAAAAGAGGAUCCCCAGGAAUAUUCACAGACCUCAGGGUGUCCUGGGUUCAGGAGAACACGAGUGCUGAUCUGAAAGUGAAAAGCUCCACAGGCAAGGAUGGCAAACUCUGCAGCAAAGAAGGGGAAUUAUAUUUUCCUGGAAGGCCUGGACAGUUCUAUCAAAACCACCAAUUGUGUUUAUGGACUCUGUUUGUGCCAGAAGGGAAUUACAUAUGGCUUCAUUUCUCCCACUUGGAUGCAGAGCCAGAAAUGUUCUGUGGCUAUGAUUCCUUAUCAGUCUAUCCAAAAGAUGACAGACUCGUGGGGAAAUUCUGUGGAGAAGAGCUUCCAUUACCUAUUUUGAUUGGCUCCAAUAACAUGAGGCUGAAUUUUUUUUCUGAUGAUGAGGAUUACGGAACUGGUUUUUCCAUUACCUAUAAAGCUCUUACACCAGAUAUCCUUUCUGAUGCUGGCUGUGAGUCCCUGGCUGUCCUUUUUGAAGAAGGAGUGCUGGAAAGUAUGCACGACCCAGAGCACUGCAGCAACCUGGCAGGAUGUCAGUGGGUUGUCUGUGCUCCAGAAGACCACCUAAUCAAGCUUACAUACUAGUCUUUUGAAGUAGAAGAGAGUGAAGAUUGCUCCUACGAUGCUGUGACUGUGUAUGAAGAUGUGGGAAAAGAGGAGGAAAUUGUCAAGUCUUGUGGAUUUGCCCUGCCAGCACCUUUUCUAAGCUCCUCUGCUGUGAUGCUUGUUGUCUUCCACUCUGAUGAAACAGAGACCUUUGGAGGAUUCAGAAUUACAGUCUCCUUUGUUCAUGUAACGGAUUUAAAUAUUUUGAAUUCAACUAGAGAAGGACAUUUUGACAACAUGAUUGCAGACAGCGCCUUUCUCCCCGCUCUCUCCCGUCCCUCGCUGCCUUCCCCCGCUCGGCACUCGCUGACCGCCCCCACCGCCCCCAGCAGCAGCGCCGAGGAGGAGCCGGCCGCCGCUUCGGGGCACGGCUGCGGUACCGGGUGCUGCGGCCGGGCCGGGCCGGGCCGGGCCGGGCUCCGGGAGCGGCGUGUCCGCUGCCCGCGGCGGUGUCUGGGCUCUAACUCGGGGUGCCGGACGCUGCCCGGGUGUGCGGUCGGGGUUGGUGCUUGGGGCGGCGGAGCCGCUGCUGAUAAAGGAGCCGGGCCGGGGCUCCUGUGCCGGAGCCGGUUCCCCCCCGCCCUUUGCAGGCGGCGCUGUGCGCACGGAGAGGCCUUAGGAUGUCUGCGGGGAUGGAAGAGGUGUUGCGGGGCUCGGGCCCGGGGUGAGUACGUGCUCUCGCAGCUCGGCGCUGUCCCGGAGCCUGCGGCUCCCAGCCGGGGUGGCAACAGCAGCCGGGUCGGGGCCGUGCCGGCAGCUCGGGACUCGCCCCCUCCGCCCUGGGGCUGA